AUGGUUGUUGAGGGUAGGGCUAAGCCUGUUGUACAGCCCACCAGAAAGUCCCCGGUUGCACGUAUUGCCAAUAUCAGCUCCCUCAAGCGAUACGCUGACAGAGACUAUGCCUUAGACCUUUUGCACCAGCUUGCCGUGGCCGUGGGGCCCAUCAUCAACCAUUACAAGUUCAAGGUUGGUACACUCUGUGAGAUGUACCCCAAGAGCCCGAACCUUUUGGGACUAAAUGUGAAUAAAGGUCUGAAGAUAUUGAUACGGCUUCGUACGCCAUUCAAUGAUAAAGCGUUUUUUCCCAUGUCAGACUUGAUUGGUACUUUUCUACACGAACUCACGCAUAACGUUCAUGGGCCACAUGACGCCAAAUUCUAUGCGCUUUUAGAUGAGCUCAGAAAUAAGUACGAGACAGGAGCCUUCUCAUCUGGAUCGUAUAGAUGCGAGGAAAGCAGGUUGGGUGGAGCGUAUGUGCCACCUUGGCUGCUGAGUGUAACGGUAAGACAAAAGAGAAUCGAUGCUGUUUCCAAAAUCAAGUACAAAGCUGAAUCGAGGAGACUAGGCGGUCCUAUACGGGAGAAAAAUCAUAAGAAUCCUAGAGCUGCUGUUGCCGAAGCAGCUGAGCGUCGUUUUAGAGACUCAAAGUGGUGUGGAGGUAAAGUUGACGAACACGAUUUGGGUCUAGAUGCUCAGGAUACCGAUACACCCAAGGAGAAGCUCGAGGAGUACAAGGAGGUGAUUGAUCUAACCGAGGAAAGUGCAGGUAUCAAGAAGGAGCAAGAUUCCGAGGUAAUUGUAAUUGAUGCGUGUGAGUCGAGAAGCAGGUCUUCUUCGCCGCCCGUAACGCUAGCUUCGUCUGUUUCAGAAACCACGUUUGUGGCCACUACCUCGUCGAACCCACUCUCGUUUUCGGUGAUAGCGCCCUUCCGGAGACAUCUGAGUAUAUCGCUGAGCCCACCUCUGGCUCUGAGUCCUGGCAAGAUGUUUAUCGGUGGAGAUGAAAAUUAUCCGAGAACGAAGCUUGUUGCAGACAUCGACUUUGGGCGGAUUAUUGAAUGGACUGCAGUGACAAAGGCGAAGGAGCGCAAGAAGAGACGAAAGGUUGCAAAAGACAAAGUGCGCAAGGAGCCCAAGAAAGGCAACAACAAAGCACCCAAGAGAGUAAAGAAGAAGAAAGAAGUGAGGGCGAUGAGCUUCUCGGAAUUACUUCACAGCGGUCAAAAAGGCCACAAAUUUGACGACUCAACCUGA